UCCUGGGGCACUUCUGUUCCCUGACCCAUUUCUCCCAGUCCUUAGCCCGUUCCUGGGCUUUUCUUUCAUCGGCUGUAACACUAGAAGCUUGGAGUCUCUGACUCUUUCCAGGAUCUAAGUCCAUCCCCCUCUGUCUCUGACAUGCACGCACAUAUGCCCUAUAACUCACUGCUUCCGUGUUUUAUGCACUACAAUUGCUCUUAAUGCAUCUCCUCUUGGCUGAUCUGGCCUAGGAUCCAAAACAGAGUCUCAGAGGCCCUGGGGGCUGUCCGUGUAAGAUUACAAGGAGCUCUUUUAGCCUGGUGCAGCAUCCUCCGGGGAAGCCUGCUCUGGCUGGCAGAAGUGCUGGGAUAUUUUUAGGGGGACUGUAUGGGAUUUCCCCAUUGACCCAUUUCUCCCUGGGAGACGGUGGCGAGAGAAACAGGAUCUGCUUUUGGUUUUUUUAUGGAAACUUUUUAAUUGUGUGUUUAUUGCAGCAAAUCCCUCCAGAGGAAAGCUCUCAAAGGCAGGCUUAUAAGCCUCCUCAGCUUUGCACUGCCUUUGAAGGAGAGCGGUCGGAUGAUCUGCAUGGUGUGAGGAGCCAUGAGACCAGACGACAUUAACCCUAGGACGGGACUAGUGGUGGCUUUGGUCAGCGUCUUCCUUGUUUUUGGCUUCAUGUUUACCGUUUCUGGGAUGAAAGGGGAGACCCUGGGAGACAUCCCCCUCCUGGCAAUAGGACCUGCUAUUUGCUUGCCGGGCAUAGCUGCCAUUGCACUAACGAGGAAAACAGAUGGCUGCACCAAAUGGCCUGACAACAAGCGUCCCUGCAGCAAAAAGGCGAAAGACAAGGAAGUGGUGGAGCUGCUGAGAACGCCCUCGGAUCUGGAAUCGGGCAAAGGCAGCUGCGAUGAGCUAGCCAAGAAGGCAUACCUGCAGGACAGGAAAGUGCUGAAGGGAGAGGACUCUGUGUCCAUCUGCACCACCACCACAACCACCACCACCAUGGGAGAAUGCAAGAGCCUGAUCAAAAGGGUGGACCAGGAGGAGAUGCUGAGAUACCUGGAGACCUGCUACCCGGAGAUGCCAGGGAACGUGCUCGUGGGAGAGGGUCCCACUUACAGUGCCUUGGAGAAGAAGAGUUCUCCUCCCUGGGACAGUGCUGCCUGCCCUGACACAGAGGACAACAUUUUUGUGGCUCCAAAAGACAGUAUAAUUGUUUGUUCCUACAAGGAGAAUAGCCCUUACGACAGAUAUUGUUGUUACAUAAACCCUACUGGAGUCAGCUCGGACCAUGAGACUAUAGUUUGAAUGAUGCACAUUUUAUAUAUCUCUAUGUAUUUUUACAGACUCUACUUCUUUCAGCUCUUAAUAGGGGAAAGUAGCUGAUUGCACUGCAUGGAACACUCCUCAUACUAUUACAAAUUUAACCUGGUAUGUGACUGAUGCUCAAACCUUUUGUGCCUGAAAUACUUUCUGUAAGUAAAUAAGCAUGUUUAAGGCUAAGAACUCCUUCUUCUUUGUGAAAAUCCAUUUUAAUUAUUUUAAAAAAUGUCAGUGCUGAAUAUUUUGUCCAGACACCCCCGCUCCCAAGACCUGAGCUCCUAGACAAGUUGGCAAGGUGAAGGCAUUGACUGUCAGCUAAAAUCAAGGCAAGAGUCAAAAGUCUGGAGCUCACUAUGUAAAAUAACAUGCAAUAAGGAUGAGUGGAUCUUAGGAAUAGUGUCACUUCCUUUAUUUCUGGAGGAAUUGAUAGAAGUCAAUGUGCAGUUGAAUUAGUUGGCUGCCUGAUGUUAAGCUGUUAGAAAAGCUUUUCAGUUCAAUCAGUCUGAGACUCAGGCAGGCAAAAUCAGGGAGCCAAUGUCUGACUUCAGUUUUCUGCUCUUUUUAGAUUUUACAUGACCUUGUUUUAGGAAAUCAAAGAGCAACAUUGUAGGCUAUUACCCUGCCAGCCUCCUGAGUCAAGGAAGGGGACUAGGAUCGAGAGAAUUUUUGAAGGCAAAUCUAGCAGCAGUCAUAUCAAAGGUACAAGUGUUAGGCUAUUUUGCUUCAUUCUUAUUUGUUAAUGAAUCCACCAAAGACUUUCUGCUAUGUUUGGCACUUACAGCUGUACUUUAUAACAAGAGAUUGAUAAAAUCAUUGCAGAGACUUAGCAGAAGGGGUCACUGGAUUUGGAAGAUUAUAUAUAUAUAAUAUUUAUUACUUGGAGAUUUAGGGCCUGAUCCAACUCCCACUGAAGUCAACAGACUCCUAUUGGCUGUAACAGAAGCUGGAUCAGGCUCUUAGAGAAGUGUCAUCUUCACAUACCUCUUCAAAAACUCCAGAUGUUUAUCCAUGGAUCUUGAAUAAUGAUACUUUAUUCAAUAUUAUGAAAGCCAUUUUUAAGGUGGGGGAGACUAGAGAAAUAUGGUUGGCACGAUUUUUCCACAACCAUGCUGUAUGUUUUGUUAACGAGUUCACUGAUCACAGAUGCAUAAUACUGGAACCAUGACCUGAGUGUUACGAGAGCAUAGUGGUUAACCCUUCAGAGCCUGCAAACUGCAUACCCAUAUAUAAUACAAAUUACAUAAACGUACUACAGAUUACACAUAAUCUAACAUAUAUAUUACCAUAUGAGAUAGUAUAGAUACACUAUAAUAUAUAUGUAAUCUAUACAGCCAAUCUAAGGGUUAAACUAUUAGAAAAAAUGUUUGCUAAAGCGUAAAAUAAUGUUAGCAUUUCACAGACAAAGCCUUGAUUUCCAUAACACAAUGCUCAACACAGCUCUGAAAAGUCUCUCCGUGUUGGAAGUCGUAAUAACAGUUCUUACUUUAGUUAUUUUUAAUAAACCAUAAUUUGUACCAGACAGACUUAUUGAACUACCAGUGUAAAAAGAAGCCACCCCUGGCUAACAGGAGCCUGGGAAUAUUCUGCAGAAACUGCUCUGGAAUUUUCCACUGAGAGAUUGAAAGCUGGACAACUCCUCAUUAUGUCUGUGCAAUUAUUUGGAAAAUAAAAGGAAACCUCAGGCAUCCUGAGGGUCCAUCCAUUUGGAAACUGCUCUCAAAUUGUUACAGACAGUCAGCUCAAAGGAGAUUGCCAAAGGGAGGUUUGGGAAGAUUUCCCAGCGUGGGCUUUCUCUGCUUCUCUCUGGUGCACUAAACGUAACAUUGUUUAUUUUAUUUAUGCAUUUAUGUCCUGAUUUUUCACACAGUGCCCAUUGCUGUGGCAUCAGGGUGCUAUUCAGACAAAUAAAACAAAUGCAGGUUAGUCUCAGUCAGGGACAGCCAGUUAAUAUUAACACACCACAGGUCUUGCUGCUGGGGGAUGUAGUUCAGGGACUCGUAUUUGCAAAACUUGAGCUUUUGUCAGACUAAAUGAGUCCCACAGAGAGAGACCCCCCAAUUGAAAAUGUUCAGCUUCCAGCCCUGGACAGAGACACCCCAGGGAUUGUCUCCAAGAAUAGCUCAAGAGAUCGUAAUCACCAUAACAGAAUAUAAGGCCGGAUCCUUCAAGGUGCUGAGCAGCUCCGGGAUGGUGCUGAAAGCCAGAUCCUGCUCCCAUUUAAGUCAAUAGCUAAAAUCCAACGGACUCCCAUGGUGCAGAAUAAGGCCUUCUGCAUGCCUUCAGCCCCCAUAAGUGGGAGUUGAGGCUGUUGAACAUAGUGCAAGAGGUGCUUAGCACCACUUGAGAUCAGGCCCAUCGGCAGAAAGGCAACCUCUCCGAUUACAUUGUAGUCUCUACAGUUCAGGACUCAGUUAACAACCCCUUGCAUUGUGUUUGGUAGCAAAUAAGUAGCCCAUGCAGAGCACAGAUUAGGACAGUUCUGCAAAUAGGUAUGAGGAAGAGAUUGAACGAUUUUUUCGCUUAGGUUUAAAUGCUGUCUGCCAAACCACACAUUUGAAAUGUAGUAGAAAGGUCUUUCAUAAGGUUAGGCAAUAAAUUCUAGUGGUAAAUGGCAUGACAAAGAUAUAAUAUGCAAUCAAGCAACUGUGAGUCAUGCACUCUAUUCCAUUCUUACUGUUAGACCUUAGGGUUUUGCUUUUUUUAUUAAUGAAAGCAGAUUUUUAUGGCAGUGAAAGUUACGCACAAUUUAAAAAAAAAUGAAUGUUACAAAUAGUGAAGAUUAUGGGUGGAAUCCUGGCUCCAAUGAAGUCAAUGGGUCCAGGAUUUUACAUGCUAAGUUUAAAGAGUAUUUAUAGGUAAUUUAACAUCAGCACAAAUAGGAAUUUGAAACCAGAGGAAUAUGGACAAACCUUUUCUGAAAUCUCUCUACUUGAGAAUCUUUCCUUUUCCCAUGUUCAGUAUUACCCUUAAUUAACGGAACAGAGUGAAAUCUGGGAUGAAUCUGACCAUUUAAAAAAAAAAAGUGUCUCUAGGGUCUAAUCCAAAACCCAUUGGAUUGACUGUGACUCUUUCCACUGACUUCGGUGAGCUUUGGUUCAAGCCCUUAGUGUCCAUGAAAAGUGCCAAAUUGAUAAUCCUGGAGAUUAAAGCCCUCUGUUUACACGCAAGACAAGCAGAGCAUAGGCAGCAGCAAGACUGUCAAUGCGCCUCCCUCCCUGGUCUACACUGUCUCUCUUAAACCAGAGAGAUGUUCUUGCCUCUCUUGCUGGUGAGUGUAUUUUAAACCUGGACAUUUAUCUCUCAAGCAGUCAUAUUACGGUUACAUCCUGUAUGAUCAGCCUUGAUUUUGGUGGACGGAGGAGCAAUUCCAUUGAUUUUAAUGGCGCUGUUCCUGCUCAUCUCAGAGCUGAAUUUGUCUCAUGGUCAUUACAAAUCUGGGUGUGAUUCAAACUCGUGACUUGGAGGUGAGUCUCUUUAUGUCAUUGCCAGCUCAAUAAAACACCCACACUCCCUGGGUUAAAAUUUCACUUCAUCCUUGAUUUUUUAAGUGUCAAAGCAGUGAACGUAACUUCAGUGUUCUCCAUCUCUUAGAGCUUAAGCCUGCAUCUACUGAUGUCAAUAGCAAAACUUUUAUUGAUUCAGUGAUGCAAGAUCAGGAUAUUAAAUUGUCUUUGUAGAGAUCAGGUGAUAAAGCACUUAAGACAGAUUUCUAAGAUUUAUACAAUAUAAUUUUUAUGGUAGCAUUUAUUGUAACUUCUGCACUGAUGGGUAUUUUUUUUUUCUGAAGUAAUGUAAAAGUGAUGCACUGUGUUCAUUAUAUAGUUUGAAGUGUUGCAUUAUUUUAUUUCAUUUUGUUUGUUUGUAGCAUUUUUAUCCACACAGAUUACAUUACAAAACAC